AGAUUAGGACUUACGCUGCAUGUGACGGCACCCUUACGAUAAAUGGGGAGGCAGUCUAGUAUGGGACGCAUUUUAUAUUAUUAGUGUCAAUUGAAACACAUCUUUAGAAAAACACGAACGAAACGCAGAAAAAUGGCGGAUCAGAGCGACAGGAGUCAAUUACCACCCGGCUGGGAAUGCAGAUAUGAUGUUCGCAGCGGUCGUCCAUAUUUCAUAAAUCAUUUCAAUCGUACUACAACAUGGGAAGACCCAAGAGUGAGAUAUUGGCAAUAUUCUCAAUAUAUACAAUCCCAGAAUUCAAUGGCAAUGAGUUCAGCCACUACUACCACUUCUCAAGAUAUUCCUAUGCAGACUGGAGGAAGCGGAAGUGGACACUUAAGUUAUACAGGCGCUCACAAAGCUCCGCAAAUUUAUCCGACACCGUCCCUUUAUCAUAAUCCACAACUAGCAUUUUUAACUCCCAGCGCACAGGAGUUGAAAACACCACUUUCAUUGAAGUCCACCAGUGCAGUGACAACUCGAUUUGGUGAUUUGACCUUAGGAUCUCCAACUCCAGUAAGAAAUACAGAGACAAGUUUUACUCAAAAUUCCGAUUUUGAGUCUCAAGUGGCAAAAAUCAAUGCUGUAUUCCCGACAGUUUCGGACACACAUAUUCGUCUUUUGUUAAAGAAAUAUCAUAACAGAGCAGCUUUGGUCAUGAGUGCUCUCCAAGUGGAAAAGAAUCCUCUUUGUGCUCCAGGACCAUGUACACCUGUAGGAGUGCAUUCAAAUUAUGCAAUCCCGAGAUGGCGUCUACCAGCUCACGCUAUACAUGCAGCAUUAACAUUGAGUCCACCUCGUGGGGUUCGGCCAGCCCCUAACUCCCCAAAAAUGAAACUUAGGUACCUGAAAAAUGUAUUUCCAAAAGUGGACGAAACGAUAUUGUUGGACGUGCUGGAACAAAGUGAUAAUAAUGUACAGAAGGCAUCCGAAAAAUUGAUUGAUUUAGGAUAUGAAAAACGGAAUCCUACUCUUCCUGCUAGAGCUUUAGCAAAAAAAAAAGAAGAGGAACGGGUACAAGAUGAACAAACUGCACCUACACCUCCUCCACGCAUAAAAAGUUUAGAAGAGAAAAAUAAAUUGAAAACCCGUUUAAUGGAAAAAUAUAAGAAUUUACCAGAUCGUGUUGUAAUGCUUGCUAUGGAUAGUGUAGACUAUGAUGAAGAAAGAGCAAUGUAUAUAUUAGAUAUAGUAAUGGCAGAGGAAACUACUCGACCAUUAUGUACUUCUAGCAGCCAAAGUAGUAAAAGUGAUGAACGGAAAGAUAGCCCUCCAGUAACAGAAGCUAUAAAAUUAACUGCUUCUCCGAUUAAAAAGAUAAGUAAAGAUAUGGAGACUGAGAAGUUGAAACGGUCCAAAAAUAAGACUGAGAUACCAAAGUAA